CUGUUUAUGUUUGAGCUGGUUUUGCGUUAGCUCUUUCAUACUUUAUUCUGUAGUAGCUGAAAUGGCAAGAACGAAGCAAACUGCUCGUAAGUCCACCGGCGGCAAAGCACCCCGAAAACAACUUGCUACUAAAGCAGCACGUAAGAGCGCCCCCGCCACUGGUGGGGUGAAGAAGCCUCAUCGUUACAGACCUGGCACGGUAGCUUUGCGAGAGAUUCGUCGCUACCAGAAAUCUACCGAGCUACUUAUCCGUAAGUUGCCUUUCCAGAGACUGGUACGAGAGAUCGCCCAGGAUUUCAAGACUGAUCUCCGCUUCCAGAGCUCUGCCGUCAUGGCUCUGCAGGAAGCCAGUGAGGCGUACUUGGUCGGUCUGUUCGAAGACACCAACCUGUGUGCCAUCCACGCCAAGAGAGUGACCAUAAUGCCCAAGGACAUUCAGCUGGCUCGCCGAAUUCGUGGGGAACGCGCCUAAGGACAUGGACUUGAAAACUAUCUUGGCUAAAAAGGCUCUUUUCAGAGCCACCACAA